AGGAGUGGCGGCGCGGCCGUCGGGCGUGCGCAGGCCAUUUCUCAUGCCUGGAAGCUCUCCUUUUCUCCACAAAGAUGGUAAUAAAUCUUUGCCUUCCACAAUUCAGACCAAGGAUUUCCUGCAACAAGAUAUCGGCAGACGGUUACGAAGUCGAGAACCUCAUCUCUGAGGACGCUGCCAAGAGGAGCCGCGGCUUCCGGACGGAGUACUUCAUCAAGCCGCCUGUGCACGUCACCCUGUCCUUCCCCUUCAACGUGGAGCUCUGCCGCAUCAGCCUGGACCUCGCGGGGGGCGGCGUCCAGGGCGCCAGUGGCGUGGAAGUGUACACCUCGGCCGUGGCCGGCAGAGCGAUGGGGAACCCCUCUGAGUGCAGGACCCCGGGCCUGGCCGAGCCGGCUGCCCCGGACAAGGAGGCCUUCACCCUGGUGGGCAAAGUCCUGCUGCGAAGCCAGAGCCAGGUGACCUUCAGCCACCGCGGCUUCAAGGCCAGGCCCCCGUUUGGCCCCAUGGAAGCCACGCUGCCCUCUCCCGCCGCUGUGGCCCAGGAGCUCUGGAGCAAAGGGCCCCUGUCCCUGAGCCACGUGGCCCAUCUCAAGAUCUGUGUCACCCACAUGACAGGGGGCGGCGUCCCCGGCAUCCGCCGGCUGGAGGUGUGGGGGCAGCCCGCCAGGACUUGCUCACAGGAGGUGAUGGACAGUGUCCUGCUGGCGGCCACCGCCAGCCCUGCUCCGGACUCGGUGUCGCUGGCCCCGGCCUUGCCCAUGGAGAGUGACUGCGCCCCGGGCGGCCAGCCUGAGGGCCCCACGGCCCCCGGCGGCCUGCCCGAGCUGGCGGGGGACCUCGGGGACGUGCCCGAGGAGUUCCUGGACGCCAUCACGCUGGAGAUCAUGCCCUGCCCUGUGCUGCUGCCCUCGGGCCAGGUCAUUGACCAGAGCACUCUGGAGAGGUGCAACCGCGGUGAGGCCAGCUGGGGCCGUGCGCCCAGCGACCCCUUCACAGGCGUGGCCUUCACGCCGCACUCACAGCCCCUGCCGCACCCGGCGCUGAAGGCGCGCAUUGACCGCUUCCUGCUGCAGCACACAGUGCCCGGCUGCCGCCUGCUGGGCCGUGCCCAAGCCACGGCGGCCGUGACUGCCGCCUCCAUCGUGCUGCCAGGGUGCAAGAGGAGGAUGGAGCCAGCGGCCGCCGCCUGCGCCUCCGCCACCGGCCUGCUGGACACACCCACUACCUCAGAGCACCCCGCCAAGAAGGCCAGAGCCGCCACCACCGCCGAGCCAGGGCUGGCCCACAUGGACUGCUCCCCAGGUCCCAUGUCCCAUGAGCAGAAGCUGUCACAGAGCUUGGAGAUGGCCUUGUCGUCCACCCUUGGCUCCAUGCCCUCCUUCACGUCGCGACUGACCAGGGGCCAGCCCCAGCAUGCAGGAGCCAGUGUACCAGCUGUCCUGCGGCCACCUCCUGUGCCGGCCCUGCCUGGGGGAGAAGCAGCGCACCCCGCCCAUGACGUGCCCGGCCUGCCAGCGCCCCUUCGCCAGCCAGGACGUGCUGCGGGUGCACUUCUGACCGAGCCGCCACGCCCGGGGAGUGCCCAGUGCUGGCCCGGCCGGCCCCCACCUGACCUCCGUUUUCCUGGGGGGGCUUUCUCUUUCCUCCUCCCCCCAUGGAGCACCCAGGCCCUGGGGGAAGGGCCGGGGAGGGGGUGCCCCCCUCCUGCUCAAGUGGCAGCAGGUUGACAAAGCCAUAGUCGGGGCUGGGAGCGCCGGGCGGUGUCUGCUCUGCUGUGUCCCCUGCCAUCCCCCCCCCCCAGAGCCCAGGGCCUGCUAAGCGCCUGCACCCCCGUUGAGGGCCCCCCACUUGUCUGCACACAGCCCCAUCCCGGGGGUAUGAGUGGAGCACAAAGACUGGCCCAGGGCCUCAGCCAGCCAAGUGU